UAUUCAAGUCUAUAAUUGUCUAUUUCCUUGAAAAUUGAUCACAUGAAAAGGAAACUAACAGGAUGUUUACGCAGAUAAUAUCUCGUCACAACUAUAACUAAAUGGGAUGUGCACACUAAACUCAGCUCAGUUAUUUCUUCUAGUUGUGUUAGGUUUGCAACACGUUCUCGCUGAUGUAAACUGCACCUACAUUGAUUCCCUCGGCCAACACCGGACCAAGACAUGCAAGGUUGCCUGCUGUGAUACUCCGCACCAGGACUUGUGUUGUGGACCCAAGGAUCUCGCGUGGAUUGCAAUUGCUGGUGUUUUCAGCUUCAUAUUUGUUGUUGCCGUAAUAGCCGUAAUAAUACACUGUUGCGCUGUACGACGUCGUCAUAGUUACGAUCUUAUCAAAACAGAUUAUUCCUACCCGUACGGUUCAACUGGGGAUACCAACGUGGUAGUGGUGACCCCGGCUUACCCCUGGGAUACAGAUAUGGGAAACCAACCACCAGCCGGGCGAGUUGAAGUCAAUGUAGAGCCGUAUUACCCUGACGACACCGAGCCGCAUGUGGUACAUGUGGUGCCAGAUGUUCAACCGUUCUAUCCUGCUGGACGGGUCGACCCAUACUUCAAUCCAGAUAUUCAACCGUACAACCCAAACACGGAGCCGUACAACCCAAACACGGAACCCUACAACCCAAACACGGAACCCUACAACCCAAACACGGAACCCUACAACCCAAACACGGAACCCUACAACUCACAACCAGACAUGGAACCAUAUUACCCUCAACCGGACGUGGCACCAUACACUCCUGACAUUGCGCCAUUUUCUGGUAACAACGAGCCGUACAAUGACACAGGGCCGUACAGGGGUUACUACGACCCCGCAGGUAUGGUUGGACCCCACGGAGGCGACAAUGCCCCUUAUGGCCAUGAUUCGGAACCGUAUGGUGGGCAACCAGCUGGUUACGCAGGCGACGACACUGAGCCAUACGGUGAGCAACCGGCCGGCUAUGCGGAAGAUGACAAUAGCCCUUAUUAAAAAGGAACUACUGAAUCAUACGUCCUGUUGAACUACUUUUACACCUCUACCGUGGGGUUAAAUGCGUUUGUACUAGUUUAAAAAAAGACGUUAUUUCUUUAACAUGUUUUCACGUACCCAUCCCUGUCACUAUACAAGUGUUGACUUUGAUUUGAACUACACAAACACAUAAAAUAUUUGCACGUGUGUUGUUAUCUUAAACAGUCAUUUGUACGGCUAUAACUUCGAAUGUGUUUUCGCAAUUUGACAAUAUAAGUUUAUAAUA